UGUCCAUUUGUAGUUUGUUUUUGGACACAGGUCCAGGAAUGGCUAAAGGAUUGCAAUAUUUACCUGGAGCUAACCCUGCACAUAGCAUUACUGGGUGAUCUGAAAAGUCAUAGUCAAUCGAUCAAUAAUAUAAUAAUAUUUUAGCAAAAAUGUUUAUUUUCAAUUCACAAUCUGUAGAAACAAUGAGAAUAGAAAGGUUCAGAACUUUUGUAAAACAGUACAGUUGAAAAAUAUGUGGCAAAUAGAAAUCCAAUAUGGAUGGUGUUAAGAUAUAGAUGGGAGGAGCUGAAGGAUGGGACUAAUGACAACUAACAACAACUAAUAACAACAAGAUAACUCAUGUAAAGCAUACUGUGUCCAUAAUAAGUAUAUAGGUUAUAGGUUGAGAGCUUUUGUGAAAGAGCACAGUUAGAAAGAUAUGGCAUAUAGAAGCAAACCGGAUGGACAUCAUGAAAAUGAUCGGAGAGGUUGAGGGUAGAGGAAGUUCAGGAGUAAAAAUAAACAAAAUAGAAUUAUUGUAAAAUUGACUGUGUCCGUAAAAUGUAUAUAGUAUGUAUAAGCUGGAAGUAGAGGCCUAAGCAUUGUUGUUCACUAGUUUACUCCAAUUCGGGAAGGGGUGGUGGGGUUGGAAAGUAAUAAAGGGGAAUAUAUAUAAAAAAAGGAUAUGGCAUUGCGUUCAUCCACCUCUGGCCUGCUGGCUCCCCUUCCUCUGCGGAAGCAUAGUUCCCGCUCAGCCCAGUCAAAACUGUUCGCUGCUCUGGCACCCCAAUGGUGGAACAAGCUCCCUCACGACGCCAGGACAGCGGAGUCACUGACCACCUUCCGGAGACACUUGAAACCCCACCUCUUUAAGGAAUACCUGGGAUAGGAUAAAGUAAUCCUUCUACCCCCCCCCUACCCCACCCCCACAAAAAUAUAAAAAUAAUAAUAAUAAUAAUAAUAAUAAAAAUAAUAAAAAAUACACAAAAAUAAAUAAACAACAACAACAAAAAACAACAACAAUAUAUAUAUAUAUAACAAAUGAAAAUUAAAAACAUACUCUAAAAAAAAAAAAAUCACAAUUUUUUUACAAAAAAAUUACAAAACAUAAAAAAAUUAAUUAUAAAAAAACAUUGUAAAGUGGUUAUCCCACUGGCUGUAAGGUGAAUGCACCAAUUUGUAAGUCGCUCUGGAUAAGAGCGUCUGCUAAAUGACGUAAAUGUACAUGUAAAUAUAUGUAUGUGUAUGUAAAAAAAUAUAUAGAUUUUGUAAAAAAGCAUACAGUGGGGAAAAAAAGUAUUUAGUCAGCCACCAAUUGUGCAAGUUCUCCCACUUAAAAAGAUGAGAGAGGCCUGUAAUUUUCAUCAUAGAUACACGUCAACUAUGACAGACAAAUUGAGAAAAAAAAAUCCAGAAAAUCACAUUGUAGGAUUUUUAAUGAAUUUAUUUGCAAAUUAUGGUGGAUAAUAUGUAUUUGGUCAUCUACAAACAAGCAAGAUUUCUGGCUCUCACAGACCUGUAACUUCUUCUUUAAGAGGCUCCUCUGUCCUCCACUCGUUACCUGUAUUAAUGGCACCUGUUUGAACUUGUUAUCAGUAUAAAAGACACCUGUCCACAACCUCAAACAGUCACACUCCAAACUCCACUAUGGCCAAGACCAAAAGAGCUGUCAAAGGACACCAGAAACAAAAUUGUAGACCUGCACAUGGCUGGGAAGACUGAAUCUGCAAUAGGUAAGCAGCUUGGUUUGAAGAAAUCAACUGUGGGAGCAAUUAUUAGGAAAUGGAAAGACAUACAAGACCACUGAUAAUCUCCCUCGAUCUGGGGCUCCACGCAAGAUCUCACCCCGUGGGGUCAAAAUGAUCACAAGAACGGUGAGCAAAAAUCCCAGAACCACACGGGGGGACCUAGUGAAUGACCUGCAGAGAGCUGGGACCAAAGUAACAAAGCCUACCAUCAGUAACACACUACGCCGCCAGGGACUCAAAUCCUGCAGUGCCAGACGUGUCCCCCUGCUUAAGCCAGUACAUGUCCAGGCCUGUCUGAAGUUUGCUAGAGUGCAUUUGGAUGAUCCAGAAGAGGAUUGGGAGAAUGUCAUAUGGUCAGAUGAAACCAAAAUAGAACUUUUUGGUAAAAACUCAACUCGUCGUGUUUGGAGGACAAAGAAUGCUGAGUUGCAUCCAAAGAACACCAUACCUACUGUGAAGCAUGGGGGUGGAAACAUCAUGCUUUGGGGCUGUUUUUCUGCAAAGGGACCAGGACGACUGAUCCGUUGUAAAGGAAAGAAUGAAUGGGGCCAUGUAUCGUGAGAUUUUGAGUGAAAACCUCCUUCCAUCAGCAAGGGCAUUGAAGAUGAAACGUGGCUAGGUCUUUCAGCAUGACAAUGAUCCCAAACACACCGCCCGGGCAACGAAGGAGUGGCUUCGUAAGAAGCAUUUCAAGGUCCUGGAGUGGCCUAGCCAGUCUCCAGAUGUCAACCCCAUAGAAAAUCUUUGGAGGGAGUUGAAAGUCCGUGUUGCCCAGCGACAGCCCCAAAACAUCACUGCUCUAGAGGAGAUCUGCAUGGAGGAAUGGGCCAAAAUACCAGCAACAGUGUGUGAAAACCUUGUGAAGACUUACAGAAAACGUUUGACCUGUGUCAUUGCCAACAAAGGGUAUAUAACAAAGUAUUGAGAAACUUUUGUUAUUGACCAAAUACUUAUUUUCCACCAUAAUUUGCAAAUAAAUUCAUUAAAAAUCCUACAAUGUGAUUUUCUGGAGAUUUUUUUUUCUCAUUUUGUCUGUCAUAGUUGACGUGUACCUAUGAUGAAAAUUACAGGCCUCUCUCAUCUUUUUAAGUGGGAGAACUUGCACAAUUGGUGGCUGACUAAAUACUUUUUUCCCCCACUGUAUGGGGAUUGGAAGUGAUGCAGACAAUUACAUUGAUGGAAGUUAAAAUCUAUCUGCAAUAUUAAAGCUGAUCUACCCCCACCCCCCCCAACCCAACUCCUCUCUCUCCUCUCCUCUUCUCUCCUCUCAGGUCCAGUCGUUCUUCUCCUCCCUAGAAGAGGAAGGAUCAGGAGGAGAGGAAGAAAGAACUGAUUGCCAUCAAGGACAUCUUCAUCAGCCACGCGGAAGAGGAGGAGGAGGAGGGAGAGGAGGAGGGAGAGGAGGAGGGAGAGAAGGAGGGAGAGAUUAUGGAAAAGGGUGAUCUAAGUCCCCAGCGUUCUACCCCUCUGUGUGAGUUACCAAGACAACAUCCCUAACCGCUGAGAUACACAGCUGGGCCCUAACCCGCUGAUCACCAGCGGGGCCCCUAACCGUGAUAUACACCGCUGGCCCUAACCGCGUGAGAGACACAGCUGGGUCCUAAACCGCUGGCUAUACACAGCUGGGCCCUAACCGCUGAUAUACACAGCUGGGCCCUAACCGCUGAUAUACACAGAUGGGCCCUAAUCGUGAUAACAAAGCUGGGCCCUAACCGCUGAUAUACACAGCUGGGCCCUAACCGCUGAUAUACACAGCUGGGCCCUAACCGCUGAUAUACACAGCUGGGCCCUAACGCGAGACACACAGCUGAGCCCUUAACCGCUAUAUACACGGCUGGGCCCUAUACGAUGAUAAUACACAAGCUGGGACCUAAUCGCUGAUAUACACCCUGGGCCCUAACCGCUGAUAUACACAGCUGCGGCCUAAACGCUGAGACACCACAGCUGAGCCCAAAACGCUGAUAUUCACCGAUGGGCCCGAACGCUGAUAUACCACAGUGGGCCCUAACCGCUGAAUACCACAGCUGGCCCUAACCGCUUAUUAUCCACAAGAUGGGCCCUACCGUGAUAUACACAGCGGGACCUAACCGCUGAUAUACCAGCUGGGCCCUAACGCUGGACUAUACACAGCUGGGGCCCUAACCGUGAUAUACACAGCUGGGCCCUAACCGCGAUCAUACACAGCUGGGCACUAAACCGCUGAUAUUACACAGCUGGGCCCUACGUGAUACUGAUAUACACAGUGGCCCUAACCGCUGGUGAUUUUUUUAUACACAGCUGGGCCCAAAACCGCUGAUAUACACAGCUGAGGCCCUAACCGCGGAGAGACACAGCUGGGCCCAGAGACACACAGAUGGGCCCUAACCGCGAUAUACACAGUGGGCCCUAACCGCUGGAAGAUUACACAGCUGGGCCCUUAACCGCGGUGAAUACACAGGCUGGCCCUAAUCGCUGAUAGACACAGCUGGGCCCUAACCGCUGAUAUACACAGCUGGGCCCUAACCACUGAUAUACACAGCUGGGCCCUAACCGCUGAUAUACACAGCUGGGCCCUAACCGCUGAUAUACACAGCUGGGCCCUAACCGCUGAUAUACACAGCUGGGCCCUAACCGCUGAUAUACACAGCUGGGCCCUAACCGCUGAUAUACACAAAGUAGAUGUCCUAACCGACUUACCAAAACUAUAGUUUGUUAACAAGAAACGUGUGGAGUGGUUGAAAAACAAGUUUUAAUGACUCCAACCUAAAGUGUAUGUAAACUUCCGACUUCAACUGUACCUACAUAUUAUAAAAUAUAAUUUGUAAAUGAUCAGAGAAUAACAACAUUGUCAGGACAGUUCAAUCAAAGCCGAUAUGCAGUGAUGAUGUAUUGGGCCUAUAGUCUACUGCACAAACCUCAUUACUACAGAACUGCUUUUAAUUGGUUAAUGCUGCAUAGGUUAAAGUCAUGUUAAAAUAAAAUAACAUCUGAGGGGUAGAUCUCGGCUUGCAUUUUGACUCAGAAAGUGAUCUGGACUCAGACCACUGUGAUAAAGGAUCAACGUUUCUGACACUGCCAGAACUUUGUCAGAGCCUGCGACCACACGUAGUGGUACUGAACAGCAGGGGGGAAAACAGACCUGUCGCAUGAACAAAGGGAGCCAAGACGUAAGUGGUACUGACUCAGCCGACCUAGACCUGUCGCGCUGAACAAGGAGCCAAGAGUAAUGGUACUGAAUACAGCAGACCUUUAGCCCUGUAGCGCUGAAUAACAAGGAGCCAAGACGUGUGGAUAAUGAUCAGCAGACCUAGACCUGUGCGCUGAACAAGGAGCCAAGACGUAGUGGUACGGAAUUCAGCAGACCUGCGACCCUUGUCGCAUGACAGGAGCCAAGGACAUAGUGGUACUGAAUUAGCAGUACCUGGACCCUGUCGCCAUGAACAAAGGAGCCAAGACGUAUGGUACUGAAAUCCAGCAGACUGGACCCUGUCGCCACUGAAACGGAGCAAGACGUAGUGGUACUGAAUCAGCAGACCCAGACCCUGUCACGCUGAACAAGGAGCCAAGACGUAGUGGUACUGAAUCAGCAGACCUGGACCCUGUCGCACUGAACAAGGAGCCAAGACGUAGUGGUACUGAAUCAGCAGACCUAGACCCUGUCGCGCUGAACAAGGAGCAAGACGUUAGUGGGUUUUUUGUUUUAACAACUGACUCAGCAGACCUAGACCCGUCACGUGAACCAAGGAAGCCAAGACAGUGUGGGUAUGAAUCAAGCGACCUAGAACCCUGUACGAUGAACAAGGAGCCAAGACGUGAGUGGUACUGAAUCAGCGACCUAGACCCGUCAGUGAACAAGGAGCCAAGACGUAGUAGUGGUUUUAAUGAAUCAGCAGACCUAGACCCUGUGUUUGCUGAACAAGGAGCCAAGACGUAGUGGUACUGAAUCAGCAGACCUAGACCCUGUCGCACUGAACAAGGAGGCAAGACGUAGUAGACUGAAUCAGCAGACCGGCACCCUGUCACAAGAACAAGGAGCCAAGACAUGGGUGGUACUGAAUCAGAGACCUAGGACCCUGUCGCGCUGACAAGGAGCCAAGACGUAGUGGUACUUGAAUCCGCAAACCUAGACCCUGUCACGCGGAUUCAAGGAGCCAAGUAGUAGGGUGGUACUGAAUCAGCGGAACCUAGUGCUCGUCGAAUGAACAAGACGCCAAGACGUAGUGGUACUGAAUCAGCAGACCAGACCCUGUCACGCGCAACAAGGAGCCAAGAGUAGUGGUACUGAAUCAGCCAGACCUAGACCCUGUUCACGCUGAACAAGGAGCCAAGACAUAGUGGUACCUGAAUCAGCAGAACUAGACCUGUCGCGCUGAAAAGGAGGCCCAAGACGUUAGUGGUAUGAAUCAGCAGGACUAGACCCCGUGCACGUUGAUCAAGGAAGCACAAGACGUAGUGGUACUGAAUCAGAAGACCUAGAACCUGUCACGCUGAACAAGAGCCAAGACGUUAGUGGUACUGAAUCACAGACAUGGACCCUGUCCACUGAACAAGGGAGCCAAGACGUAGUGUACUGAAUCAGCAGGACCUGGACCCUGUCGCACUGAACACGGAGCCAAGACGUAGUGGUACUGAUCAGCAGACCCAGACCCGUCACGAUUGAACAAGGAGCCAAGACAUAGUGGUAAUGAAUAAGCAGGACCUGGACCACUGUCGCACUGAACAAGGAGCCAAGAAGUAGUGGUGAUGAAUCAGCACACAGACCUAGACCCUGUCGCGACUGAACAAGGAGCCAAGACGUAGUUAGUGGUAAUGAAUCAGCAACAAGACCUGUCACGAUGACAAGGAGCCAAGACGUAGUGGUACUGAACAGCAGACCUAGACCCUGCGUGAUGAACCGGAGCCAGCCAGACGUAGUGGUUACUGAAUCAGCAGACCUAGACCCUGUCGCACUGAAACAAGGAGCCCCCAAAAGACCAUAGUGGGGUACUGAAUAGCAGACCGGGACCCUGUCACAUGAACAAGGGCCAAGACGUAGUGGUACUGAAUAGCAACCUAGACCUGUCGCGCUGAACCAGGAGCCCCAAGCCGUAGUGGUACUGAAUCAGAAACUAGACCCUGUCACGCUGAUCAAGAGCCAAGACGUAGGGGGUACUGAAUCAGCGGAACCUAGAUGUGUCGCACUGAACAGGAGCCAAAGACGUAGUGGUACUGAAUCAGCAGACCUAGACCCCGUCGCGCUGAACCAAGGAGCCAAGACGUAGUGGUAUGAUCAGCAGACCUAGAACCCGGUCACGCGAACAAGGAGCCAAGACAAGUGGUAAUGAAUCAGCAGACCUAGACCACCUGUCGCGCUGAACAAGGAGCCAAGACGUAGUGGUUACUGACUCAGCCGAACCUAGACCCUUGUAACGCUGAUCAAGUAGCAAGACGUAUGGUACUUGAAUCAGCGGGGCCCCCCCCAGACCUAGACCCUGUCACGAUGAACAAGGAGCCAAGACGUUAGUGGUACGUAAUCAGCAGACCUAGACCCUUGUCACGCUGAACAAGGAGCAAAUACAGAGUGGUACUGAUGAAUCAGCAGACCUAGACCCUGUCGUCGCUGAACCCAAGGAGCAAGACGGUUGUGGUACGAAUCCAUUCAGACCUAGACCCUGUCACGCGGAAACAAGGAGCCAAAGGAGCCAAAAAGAGUAGUGGUACUGAAUCAGCAGACCUAGACCCUGCACGCUGAACAAGGAGCCAGACGUAGGGUAAUGAAAUCAUCAGACCUAGACCUGUUCACGGAACAAGGAGCCACGAAGUAGUGGUACUGAAUCAGGCAGACCUAGACCGUCGUGCUGAACAACGAGCCAAGAAGUAGGGUACUGAAAUCAGCAGACCUAAGACCCUGUCGCACUGAACAAGGAGCCAAGAGUAGUGGUACUGAAUCAGCAGAACUGGACCCUGUCACAUGAACAAGGAAGCCAAGACGUAGUGGUACUGAUCGCAGACCUAGACCCGGUCGCACUGAAAAGGAGCCAAGACGUAGUGGUAUGAAUCAGCAAAAACUAGCCCGUCACGUGAUCAAGGAGCCAGAAGUAGUGGUUUACUGAAUCAGAGGACUAGAGCUGUCGCGCUGAAACAACGGAGACAAGGACGUGUGGUACUGAAUCAGCAGACUAACCCCUGUCACGCUGAACAAGGAGCCAAGACGUAGUGGUAUGAAUCAGAGACCUGACUGUCACGCUGAACAAGGAGCAAGACGUAAAGUGGUUUACUGAAUCAGCAAGGACUAGGACCCUGUCGCGCUGAAUGAACAAGGAGCAAGAUGUAGUGGUUACUGAAUCAGCAGGACUCGACCCUGUCACGCUGAUCAAGGAGCCAAGACGUGUGUGACUGAAUCAGCAGACUAGGACCCUGUCACGCUGAACAAGGAGCCAAGACGUAGUGGUACUGAAUCAGCAGACCUAGACCCUGUCACGCUGAACAAGGAGCCAAGACGUAGUGGUAUGACAUCAGCAGACGAGACCCGGUCACGCCUGACAAGGACCAAGACACGUAGUGGUUAUGAAUCAUCAGACCUAGACCCUGUCGCGCUGAACAGGAGCAAAGACGUAUGGUAUGAAUCAGCAGACCUAGACCCUGUCGCGCUGAACAAGGAGCCAAGACGUAGUGCGUACUGAAUCAGCAGACCUAGCCCUGUUCACGCUGAAACAAGGAGACAAGAAGACGUAGUGGUAUGGAAUCAUCAGACCUAGACCCGUCACGCUGAACAAGGAGCCACGACGUAGUGGUUACUUGAUCAGCAGACCUAGGACCCGUCGACGUGAACAAGGAGCCAAGACGUAGGGUACUGAAUCAGCAAACCUAGGAAACCCUGUCACGCUGAUCAAGGAGCCAAACGUAGUGGUUACUGAAUCAGCGGACCUAGAUGCGCGCACUGAACAAGGAGCCAAGACGUUAGUGGUACUGAAUCAGCAGGACCUAGGACCAUGUCACGCUGACAAGGAGCCAAGACGUAAGUGGUAUGAAUCAGCAGACCUAGACCCUGUCACGCUGAACAAGGGGAGCAACAAGACAUAGUGGUACUGAAUCGCAGACCAGACACUGUCGCGCUCUGAACAAGGAGCAAGACGUAGUGGUACUGGAACAGGCAACAGAACCUAGACCUGUCACGCUGAUCAAGGAGCCAAAGACGUAUGUACCUGAAUCAGCAGACUAGACCCUGUCCACGUGAAACAAGGAAGCCAAGACGUAGGUACUGAAUCAGCAGACAGGACCCUGUCGCACUGAACAGGAGCAAGGACGUAAGUGGUACUGAUCAGCAGGACAGGAACCACUGUCGCACUGAACAAGGAGCAAGACGUAGUGGUACUAAUCAGCAGACCCAGACCUGUCACGCUGAACAAGGAGCCAGACAUAUGGACUGAAUCAGCAGAACCUGGACCCUGUCUGAACGAACAGGGAGCCACGAGUAGUGGUACUGAAUCAGGCAGGCCUUAGACACUGUCGCGUGAACAAGAGCCAAGCCGAAGUGGUACUGAAUCAGCAGACCGUAGACCCUGUCACGCUGAACCAAGGAGCCAAGAAAUAGUGGUAUGAAUCACGCAAGACCUAGACCUGUCGUGCUGAACAAGGAGCCAAGACGUAGUGGUACUGAAUCAGCAGACCUAGACCCUGUCGCAAGAACAAGGAGCCAAGACGUAGUGGGGUAUGAAUCCGCAGACCUGGACCCUGUUCACACUGAACAAGGAGCAAGACGUAGUGGUACUGAAUCAGCAGAACCUAGAAACCCUGUCGCGCUGAACAAGGGAGCAAGGAAGUAGUGCGUACUGCACUGAAUCAGCCAAAACUAGACCCUGUCACGCGGAUCAAGGAGCCAAGACGUAGUGGUACUGAAUCAGCGGACCUAGAUGCUGUCGCACUGAACAAGGAGCCAAGACGUAGUGGUACUGAAUCAGCAGACCUAGACCCUGUCACGCUGAACAAGGAGCCAAGACGUAGUGGUACUGAAUCAGCAGACCUAGACCCUGUCACGCUGAACAAGGAGCCAAGACAUAGUGGUUACUGAAUCAAGCAGACCUAGACCCUGUCGCGCGAACAAGGAGCCAAGACGUAGUGGUACUGAAUCAGCAGACCUAGACCCUGUCACGCUGAACAAGGAGCCAAGACGUAGUGGUACUGAAUCAGCAGACCUAGACCCUGUCACGCUGAACAAGGAGCCAAGACGUAGUGGUACUGAAUCAGCAGACCUAGACCCUGUCACGCUGAACAAGGAAGCCAAGACAUAGUGGUACUGAAUCAGCAGACCUAGACCCUGUCGCGCUGAAACAAGGAGCCAAGACGUAGAUGUACUGAAUCAUCAGACUAGACCAUGUCACGCUGAACAAGGAGCCAAGACGUAGGGGUACUGAAUGCGCAGACCUAGGACCCUGUCACGUGAAAAAGGGAGCCAAGACUAGGGGUACUGAAAUCUCAGGACCUAGACCCUGUCACGCUGAAACAAGAGCCAAGAAGUAGUGGUACUGGAAUCAAGCAGACCUAGACCCUGUCGUGCUGAACAAGGAGCCAAGACGUAGUGGAUACUGAAUUCAGCAGACCUAGACCCUGUCGCCCUGAAACAAAGCCAAGACUUAGUGGUUAUGAUCAGCGACCUGGACCCUGUUCAACUGCACAAGGAGCCAAGACGUAGUGGUACUUGAAUCAGCAGACCCCUAGACCCUGUCGCAGAACAAGGAGCAGACGUAGUGGACGAAUCAGCAAAAUCUAGACCCUGUCACGCUGAUCAAAGGAGCCCAAGACGUGUGGUGGUACUGAUCAGCGACCUCGACCGCUGUCGCACUGAACAGGAGCCACGACGUAGUGGUACUGAAUCAGCAGACUAGAACCCUGUCACGCUGAACAAGGAGCCAAGACGGUUUCUGGUAUGAAUCGCAGACCUAGACCCUGUCACGCUGAACAAGGAGCCAGACGUAUUGGUACUGAAUCAGCAGACCUCGACCCUGUCGCGAUGAACAAGGGAGCAAGAUGUAGUGGUAUGAUCAGCAGACAGACCCUGUCACGCUGAGCAAGGAACCAAGACGUUAGUGGUACUUGAAUCCGCAGACCUAGACCCUGUCACGCUGAACAAGGAGCCAAGACGUAGUGGUAAUGAAUCAACAGACUAUAGACCCUGUCACGGAACAAGAGCCAAGACAUAGUGGUACUGAAUCAGCAGACCUAGACAUGUCACGCGACAAGGAGCCAGACGCUAGUGGUACCUAAUAUAGACAUCGACCCUGUCGCGCUGUGAACAAGGAGCCAAGACUAGUUGGUACUGAAUCAGCAGAACCUGACCUGUCGCGAUGAAACAAGGAGCCAAGAGUAGUGGUAUGAAUCAGCAGACUAGACCCUAUGUCCGCUGAAAAGGAGCCAAGACGUAGUGGUACUGAAUCAUCAGACCUAGACCCUGUCACGCUGAACAAGGAGCCAAGAUAUCCGACAAUCGUUUACAACCUAAGAAUUUUCCCAUGACGUACACAUUUGUAGACCCGAUCGUGGCAUGAGAUGGCUACCGUCGUACAGUCGGUGCCGGCCUUUAGUGUGUUGAAGUCUUCCUAGAAGUGACACAGGGUUUGACGGAGGGACGCGUCAAAAUGCAGAAUUUUGGCACUUUAGCAAGCCUUUGAUGUAUUGAAUUCUCCAUGUGGUCUAUAUUAAAGGGCACUUCAUUUAAUAAUAUUAAAAUUCAAUAUUGGUGCACAAUUUCUACUUUAAAUAUCAUAGGGCAUCUUAUCGUAGCGCUAAUUCUUGCUUCCUCUCAUCCUCCAUUUUACACAAUUUGCUCUUCACACUCCCCUUUCUUUUUUCGCUCUCCCUGAUUUUGUCAGUCACUGCUUUUUUUCCUCUCUCUUACCGUCUCUCACCUUAAGCUUUAUCCUUACCCCCCCUGCCUACUUCCACCUUCUGUUCCCCCUGUACUAUUCUUGUACUCUCUUCUUCACCCCUCCUCAUCCUCCUCCGUACAUAAACUCCCCUAGACUACCUUUAUGUGUAAACGGACCCAGUUAUUACUAGACAUGAUGUUAAUCUCUCUCUCCAGCUGCCAAUGGGGAGGAGUUUGAGAGUGUUCAGACGGAGCUGCUGUUUGAUCUUCACAUCGCUGCCAUCCCAGACAAACUCAACAAGGUAACAGACAGUCGCUGCCACCCCAGACAAACUCAACAAGGUAUACCUCGGCUGCUCACCCCAGACAAACUCAACAAGGUAAUACAGUCGCUGCCACCCCAGACAAACUCAACAAGGUAA